AUGAACCCCACCAAAACCUUCCCCAGAAUCCCGACGCCCGUAUUUUGCGUCAAGGCGAGGGAAUUGUCUCCAAAUAUCAAAUCAUGCAAUUUCCGCGCAAAGAUUCCUCUUUUCUUCCACGCCAAAGCCAGGCACGCUGCUCGACCAGGAGUCGCUGAUUCAGUACCUGCAGUGGCAUCAGAUGUUAGUUCCGGCGUGUCGCGUUAUCCAGAACAAGAUAAAUUGGAGAAAGUAGAAGAGAAUAUAGAGAAGGUCAUCUAUGGAUGCAGGUUCUUUGCCAUUCUUGGAGUUUGGGGGUCGUUGAUUGGAUCUUUCCUCUGCUUCUUCAAGGGCUGUGUCUACGUUGUAACUUCAUUUCAUGAUUAUUUCAUAGAUCGAGGGAAAGUGAUUACUUCACUAGUCGAGGCCACUGAUGUGUACCUGCUUGGGACUGUGAUGUUGGUCUUUGGGAUGGGCCUUUAUGAGCUCUUUAUCAGCAAUCUCGACAAGGCAAAAUCCAUGUCUGAUGGGAGGUCAAAUUUGUUUGGUUUGUUUACCCUCAAGGAACGACCUCGAUGGCUGGAAAUCAAAACAGUGAACGAGCUCAAAACCAAGCUUGGCCAUGUCAUAGUGAUGCUUCUCCUCAUUGGAUUGUUCGACAAGAGCAAGAAAGCAGCCAUAAAUAACCCGCUGGACCUCCUCUGCUUCUCUGCAUCAGUGCUCCUCUCCUCCGGCUGCCUCUUCUUGCUGUCUAAGCUACAAGAAUGAACACAACAUCAAUGUCUUCUGCCAUCAGUUUACCUCCGCAGUGCAGCAUUUCUGAAGGAUUAUAGCCCAGUUGAUAGAUCCUUUUCUGUAUAUCAAACCAUGUAGCCUGAUAAGUUGGAAAGAGUGUUCCGAGAUGACUUAAGAGCCUUUCUGCAUCUGUAAUGGGUCAUGAAAAGUAAAUAUAAUAAUAUCUCCUUACAGUUGUCCCAA